ACCGUAAUCAUCAAGAAUGAAUUCCGUAUUUUUAAUCCAAAUGGUCCUACUGGCAAUUCUUGCUUUCGAUACUGGGAAUUCCUGGGGUCGACGCAGACGAUGCCCAACGCCAUACAAAGAAAAAUAUGAAGAAAAAGAGAAAGAAGUUACAAAACUCAAAAGUAGUAUCCAGAGCUACCAAAGAUUGAUGAUGACCAUCGGAAACUUGGCUGAAAAAAUAGUCAAUCACGGCACCCAAAUUACGGAAGAGGGAAACGAGCUUAAGAGACUCCAAUCAAGCCAUAUAAACAGUGCUGUUGGUUAUGGUUAUGACACAGCCAACGACAAACCUGCCGAGAAUUCAGAUUCUGAAAAACAAGAUGCUGAGGAUCUAGAGAUGUUUGAAGAUGUUAAUGAUUUCCCAAAACAAAAUAGUAAAAAUGAUGAAUCCACAGAUGAAUUCUAAACAUGUGAAUAAAUCGUACAUUUGUCACAACUAAAAGAAUUCAAUACACAAAUUAGAAGAUAAAGGACAACAUAUUACUCGGAUAAAUGAUGAAAUUGCGUCUGAUUUGUUUAAAUACCUUUUUUAACGUAUAAACUGUUUAU